AUCAGCAUCUUGUGACAAUCACGGUGUGCGCUAGCACUGGAUAUGGAUACAUCAUCAGUACUAACAUUCUUGCUGCUAAUCUUGACUGCUAAUGCAGCUACUGCUGCUCCUUCUUAUGAUUGGAAAAGCUUAAACCGGCGCAGUCUUUUGGCCAAUGGCCUUGCAGCAACUCCUCAAAUGGGGUGGAAUAGUUGGAAUCAUUUCAACUGUAUGAUUGAUGAAAAAAUCAUUAGAGAAACAGCUGAUGCUCUGGUCUCAACUGGUCUUGCUAAGCUCGGGUAUAUAUACGUCAACAUUGAUGAUUGCUGGGCUGAACUUUCCCGUGACGACAAGGGUAGCCUAGUGCCUAAAAAGUCCACAUUUCCUUCUGGUAUCAAGGCUUUGGCCGACUACGUUCACAGCAAGGGACUUAAGUUGGGAAUAUACUCGGAUGCUGGGUAUUUCACUUGUAGCAAAAAAAUGCCUGGUUCACUUGGACACGAGGAGCAAGACGCGAAAACGUUUGCUUCAUGGGGCAUAGAUUAUCUGAAGUAUGAUAACUGUAACACGGAUGGAUCAAAGCCAACCAUUCGAUACCCUGUGAUGACAAGAGCUCUGAUGAAUGCCGGCCGGCCCAUCUUUUUCUCACUCUGUGAAUGGGGAGAUAUGCACCCAGCAUUGUGGGGUUUUAAUGUGGGAAAUAGUUGGAGAACUACGAAUGAUAUUGCUGAUAACUGGGAUAGCAUGAUCUCUAGAGCAGACCAGAAUGAAGUCUAUGCUGAACUUGCAAGGCCCGGUGGCUGGAAUGAUCCUGACAUGCUUGAGAUUGGAAAUGGAGGGAUGACCCAAAAUGAAUAUAUUAUCCAUUUUAGUCUGUGGGCAAUCUCCAAGGCUCCUCUUCUCAUUGGUUGUGAUGUGAGAAAUAUAAGUAAAGAUGUAAUGGACAUUAUAUCAAAUUGGGAGGUGAUCGCCGUCAAUCAAGACAAGCUCGGUGUUCAAGCUAAAAAGGUCAGAAUGGAGGGUGAUCUGGAGGUCUGGGCCGGGCCACUUUCCGACUACAGAGGCGCCCUUACUGCUUACUGGGACGAUAUUGGUAUCCCUCCCAAGAGUACUGUAAUUGCAAGAGACCUCUGGGAGCACAAGAAUCUGAAGCAAAGAUUUGUAGGAAAUAUAACAGCAAUGGUGGAUUCACAUGCAUGCAAGAUGUAUAUAUUGAAACCAGUUGCUUGAGGAUUUUUGGGAGUUGGGAUGAGAAAUACAGUAAUAGUUGAAGCAAAGGGGGUGCCUAAGAUUGGAUUAUUGCUGCCCCUCUUGAUGCAUUGUCAAACAAUUGUUGUGAUGAUGAAACAUUUCUGCAAUAAAAUUGCCAAUCAUGUGUUAGGCAUUAAGGCAUAUUAAUAACAUGGGAAGCAGUGGUUCCUCCCUUCUUGCAUCACAGAAUGUCAGUUCCCUCCUUUCUUCACAAAACUUUCAGGCCAAAUUGCAUAUUUUUUCAUGUGUUUUCAAAAUUUAGCUAAAUAUAGUACACUUGUUCUUCACCUUUAGUUGAAGUUAAUAGCGUUAAGUUUUUGUUGCAAAA